AUGCUCCUGCCAGGCUGCCCGCACCUGGUCUCGCACAAGAGUAGGGCUCUGCUUUGUUGCGUCUGCGCAUCGACACUUGCGAAUGCGCUGCUAGCUUUGUUGUAUCGAAUGCCACUGCGCGCAUUUUCCUCGACGCCGCCUGCUAGUGUGUUGGGAGGGCCUCCGAAGUCAGCUGUUGCGGUGUUCGUGCAGAUGGCGAACCCGUCUGUGUGGCCGCACCUUCGGGAGUGCGUCACCAAUGUGCGAGAAGGGGCCACCUGCACUUCUCGACAAGGGGCUCGGCUGACACGGAACGUGGACGUAUACAUCGGAAUGAUCUCAGGCAGCAACAAUUCCAGCAUCGCUGAAGACGCCCGCUUGCUGGUGCACAGGUGGAACAUGGGGGGCGAGUACCAGGCGCGAUUGAUCAUGAAUUUCUCCCUCGAGAACAAGGGCGCCGACGUGGGCUUGUUCCUUCAACAAAUCCAGCAGGUACUUGACCCAUCGAUGUACGAGUUUCUGCUCAAAGUGCAUAGCAAACGUGCAGAAGCUUGGCGGUGUCAGAUGUUGACGUCGCUUUGCGGAAGUAAGGAUCAGGUGAAGCACAUAUCUAAAGUCGUCUCCCACGGAGGUCCGACAAAAUUGAUUGCAGCGGCGUCCUCAAGCAAACGGAGGUCAGGUGUUCUGGGAUGUCCGAGGUGGUGUAGGCCCGUUGCCUGGGGCGGACCCCUUUCGGCAUCUUGCGAGGAGGAGGCAGCAGGGAGGAGUAUGUAA